AUGGCGAUGAGGAUGACUGGCCGUGUGCUGCUGGUGUGUCCUCUGCGUGCUGUGGUGGCGAUAGCGGUAAGGGUGAGUAUUAGCUCUCGCGGUGGCGUGCUCAGCUGCGGAGGGAGUGCGCGAUGGAUGGCCGCAGAAGGACAGGAGGAAGGGCAAAUGCGUCCGCCGUGGAGGAAUGCGUGCGUAAUUGGAUGGCCGUCGUCGUUGGAGGCGCUAAGGGAUUGCUGUUGCUGCUGA